CAUGCAUUAUGCCGGAGGAGGGCAGUGUUCACACUUGCAUUGUGGUUGUAUACUGACGCAUGGCUUGAUCUGUCAUAUGAGCAAUGCUAACCAUGAAGUAUGGUAUGCUGUCUCUAUUCUUCCCAUCCAAUCAGAUAGGUCCUGCAAAGAAGAAACGCAUGUGUAUGAACUGAGCCUUGGAGGAAGCCUGAUCACACCAUGUGUCCUCAUCCAUAGCUCGGAUACAUUGCUUCUGCUUCCAGCUCGCCUUCCAAAUGGCAGAUAGACAGGAUUCCAGAUAUAUAACCAUUGCUGACAUCCGGUGAAGCCAAGUGAUGUAAUGGUCAGCGAGGAGUUGUGGACACCCCCUUGUAACCAAAUCCCCAUUCUUUCGAUCUCCCUUUAGUGGACAAUCGCAGGAUCUACAUUAAUAAAAGCUCUGAUUAAAAAAAUCUACCAGCCAAGACACUGGAGCACUGAUCACCGUUACACUGUCGGGAGAAGCGUAACAAGCAGCCUCUGCUCAGACGUAUAGAGAUCGCUGCCUAGAGGGGUCUAUUAUCCUGUAGAUAGGGGAUAAGUGUCUCAUUGGUGGUGGUCUGACCACUGGAUCCCCCGCCAGUCGCUACAACCGGGGACUUGGUACAGCUGACACAAUACUUACUGUAUCUCCAUUGAACUCUAUGGGACUGCUGAAUGAGGCACGCUCCAUUCUAGUGAUCGGUGGGGGACCCAGAGGUCAGACCAUCACCAGACACUUAUCCCUUAUCCUGUGGAUAGAGGAAAAGUUAUUGUAAUGGGACAAUCCUUUAAAUAUAGCCAUGGUGCAGAAUAACAGCUUUGUGCUCUCUCAUCAGGUCACUGCAAUGGCAGCUCCAUCAAAUUUGGUUGCAAAGAGUGGACGGCGCUUCAAAUGGGCCAUUGAGUUCAGCACUGGCGGAACCAGGGGCCGGGGUGAGAGGAGCGCUCUGCAGGACAGUAUGUACCCAGUAGGAUAUUCUGACAAACAAGUCCCAGACACCAGUGUGCAAGAGUCUGACAGCGACCUUGUGGUGAAGCGCUGCUGGGACAUCGUUAUGGGACCAAUCAAGCAGCUCCCCAUGAACCUCUUCAUAAUGUAUAUGGCUGGGAACACAAUUUCCAUCUUCCCUAUUAUGAUGGUGUGUAUGAUGGCGUGGCGACCCAUACAAGCGCUGCUUGCUAUACCUGCCACCUUCAAGCUCCUGGAGAGCUCUGGUCAGCGGUACUUCCAAGGCUUUGUGUAUCUCAUUGGAAACCUUCUGGGACUUGCAUUGGCUGUUUAUAAGUGUCAGUCCAUGGGACUUCUACCCACGCAUGCUUCUGAUUGGCUGGCUUUCAUUGAACCGCCUGAGAGGAUGGAGCACAGUGGAGGAGGCCUUUUACUAUGAUGGUGUUUGUAUAGCAACAUAUGCAGUGCAGAAGUUGGCCUCUACAUUUUGGACUCGCUUCAUAGUUCCUGUUCUGUACCCUUCUAAUAAAUUAUUGCACACAAUGUAUCGUAUGGAUUCUGUUGACAACGCUAUAAUAAAAAUCACAGCCAGCUUUAUAGAAAAGGUUUUAUUCCAGCUUUUGGAACAUCCUAUAACAAUGAACGAAAUGGCAAACAAUGGUAAGUGUUGUAGAGGGAGCCCUAGCAUACCACUGACAAGCGCUUCCUCCCACAAGAGAAUGUCCACACCUCAUUAACGUUAUUACAGAAACAACUAACACACGGAAUGGCGUCUACCAAUAAAUUAAAACUGGGCGAAUUGUUCUAUCCCACUAGACAUAAAAAUGUGCAAUACAAAUGAAAAUACAAAACUUUUUCUUAGUUCAUUCUUCUGAUUUUAAAAGAAGGUAACGUUCUAAAACUCCCUUUAGAAUGACAUUCCCACAGUCCGAGGAAAUGAGAGAGUGAUCCACAAUUUGGAAAGGAGCCUCCAGAAAAC